AUGUACUUGCACCCUAAUGCUGCGAAUGUUCGCAUUUGGACGGUAGAAAGUGGUUCAGCUUCUGCUCAGAACAACUACGAUGUUUUGGUGGUCCUCUCAACCGCACUUCACCAGGAGGACCACUUGCGACUGACCAUGGAGCAACGUGAGAAGGACAAGCCCCUGUACCUGGUUCGAGCUGAGAAUGAAUGGGAUCUCGUGCUUGGGAAGCCUUCAGGACCCUGCAAAACCUGUGAAUGGGAGCGAAUGAGAGCUCGCAGCCUGGAGUUGCAGAAGCAACACAAGAUGGUAGAGAAUUCAGAGGACCGCUGCCUUCCAGAAGUUAACAAGCUCUUGAAGUUGGAAGAGAUUGCAGAAGUUUUAAACAAAGCAUAUCCUGAAUUGCGUAAAAAGGCUUUCAGUCAGUUUUUGGUGAAUAUAACAAGGGAACUUAGAGUUUCUAAAACACCCAGUAGCGACACAUCACCCCUGGUAUGUAACGCCUUAAGAAUCAAAAAGACAUGCCAGGAAGACCUGGAUCAAAUGUCUGAGGUGUUCCAGCCCAGAGAUGUCACCGACCAUCCAUCAAAGGUGCUGUCCGUCCUUACUGCCCUAGAGCACUUCCGGCUGGAUGUGGGUUUACUCGGGCAGACGGGCUGUAGCAGCUCCAGCCUGUUCAACUCCCUCCUGGGUCUGCUGAACGGGGAUAAUGGCAUUGCUUCCACUGGGGUCACUGAGACCACCCAGGAGCCAGUGGCACAACCUUACCCAGAAUGUUCCAAUGUUCUUCUGUGGGAUCUUCCAGGCUGGGGCAGGGUAGGGAACUUGAAGAUACCCCCCGAUGGCUGGAGAUCACACCAAGACCCUGCAUUACCUUCAAAUCUGCCCAUUUGUGACGUCUACAUCCUGUUAUCACCUCUGAGACUCAGUUUAAGAUACAUCCAGCUAUGUCAGCAUCUUUUAUCCCUGGGGAAAGGCUGCUACCUGGUGCUCUCCAAGGCCGACUUGAUUGAGGCGUCAGCUGGAGAGGUGAGGAGAUGGACCGAGGAGGUUCUGGAGCAGCUAGGUCUUAAACAGAAUGUGUUUCUGGUGUCAGCACUCCAUCCAGAGACUAUGGAUUUCCACAAGUUGAGGGAGGUGCUGAACACUGCACUGCCAAAUCAUAAGAAAGCCGCUCUGGCCAGUUAUGUGACAAAGCUACUGGAGCAAGAUGUCUUUUGGAAGAGGGCUGACCCUUGCAAAUUAAUGUGACUUUAUACAUGUAAUCGACUUAAUGCAAAAGACAGACAUGUACAUCUUAGA